GAAAUAGAACUUGAACAAAAGCAAGCGAGAAAGUAAGUCCAGAGCGUUCCAAAACAACAACGUUUAACUCUCGGUAGCUGUUCUCUUUGUCUCGACUCUGUCCCUGUGGUGCCGUGGGUAGCAGUGCUGACUCAAGUUUUAAUAUAAUGAAAUUCUUACUAGUAGUACUAGCCCUUGUAGCUCUAGCAGCUGCCAAGUUUGAAUAUACACAAGAGUUCCAGGACUGGAAAGUCAAGUACAACAAGGUCUAUGAGACAAAGGAGACUGAGCUUGAGCGUCAAAUCAUCUGGGAAUCAAACAAGAAGUUUGUAGAGAACCACAAUGCUAACUCUGACAAAUUUGGUUUCACUGUUGCCAUGAAUGAGUUUGCUGAUCUUGAUGCUGGGGAAUUUGGUCGAAUUUUCAAUGGUCUACUACCUCGUCCUUCUUCCUACAAUAGCACCAAUAUUUAUAAACCUAGUGGAGUUAAAGUACCAGACACUGUAGACUGGAAAGAAAAAGGUGCUGUUACUCCUAUUAAGAAUCAAGGUCAGUGUGGGUCCUGCUGGUCAUUCUCUUCUACUGGUUCACUUGAGGGACAGCAUUUCAUCAAUACCGGCACUCUUGUUUCUCUCUCCGAGCAACAGCUAAUGGAUUGUUCAACAAAAUACGGGAAUCACGGCUGUAAUGGUGGAUUAAUGGAUAAUUCCUUCAGAUAUCUUAAAUCCGUUGCUGGUGAUGAAACUGAGGAUAAUUAUCCUUAUACUGCUGAAAAUGGUGUGUGUCGUUAUGACUCAUCCCUAGCUGUUGUAACUGAUAAAAGUUAUGUUGAUAUACCUCAAGGUGAUGAAGACUCUCUGAAAGAUGCUGUAGCUAACGUUGGCCCCAUCUCUGUUGCUAUUGAUGCAAGUCAUUCAAGCUUUCAGUUGUAUAAUUCAGGAGUUUACUAUGCUUCCACCUGCUCCUCAACCCAGCUUGAUCACGGUGUCCUUGCCAUUGGCUAUGGCACAGAAGAUGGUAAAGAUUACUGGCUUGUAAAGAACAGUUGGGGGACAUCCUGGGGCAUGGAAGGAUACAUAAAGAUGAGCCGUAACAGAAAUAAUAAUUGUGGCAUUGCUACUCAAGCUUCCUACCCCACAGGGGUCAACUAGUCAUGAAGCUAGUUGUCAUCAUCAUUAUUUUUAUAGUCUCAAAAGUACAUUAAGUCCUUUAUACAUGAACGCUGCCGCUGCUAUAACUUAAUUUUACUUGUAAUAUCAAUGCACACACCUGCUGACAUUUUUUUGUUCAAUAAAUUCAAUUCAUUAUCUUUUCAAUGAGUUAUUUAAGUAUUUAAA